AUGCUGAUGGGUGCUCCUGUGAGUUGGGGAAGCAAGAAGCAGUCAAGUGUGUCGCUGUCGACGAGUGGGGCGGAAUACAUCGCACUGAGUCUGGCCAUCCAGGGAAGGCAAGUGGGUGCAUCGCUGCUUGCUAUGCGAGAUUUUGGCGGCCGCAAAACGAACCAGGACCGGACCUCGUCAUCCGUGAAGACAACCAGUCGUGCGUCCAAGAUGACGAAGAAUCCAGUGAAUCAUGGCCGCGCCAAGCACAUCGACAUCAAGUACCAUCACAUCCGUGAUGAGGUCAAGCGCAGUGAAGUGCAGCUCGAGUAUUGCGAGACUUCCGUGAUGAUGGCGGUCAUCAUGACCAAGGGACUUUCGGGACCUCGCCACAAGGACUUGACGACGGCUCUCGGCAAUCGUGCGAGUUCGGAUUGA